AUGAGGAAAAAUGCGCAAAUAAUAAUUUUUUUCCUGUUCGGAUUGCUGAGCUAUACAUGCGGAGCUGAAGAAAACGUCAGCCCACCCAACAAUAAUGACGACAGGGUAAACGGCAACAAUGGAAAUAAAGGCAACGGAAAUGACAAUGAUGUACCGCCUUUCAUUGGAGGAAACAAGAAUAACGUGAACGACAACAAUAAUGAUAACAUUUUUGAUAAAAAUGGAGAGGAUGUCACCAGAAAUGAUAGUGAUGCAGAUGACGAAGAAAAUCGAAAUGACAAGAAAAACGAAAAUGACAGCGGUUCAAAUGAGAACAAUUCCAUAGAAAAUGCUGACAAUGGUAGUGGCACAUCUGAUGCCAAUGCCAACCAAAAUGAUGAGGAUGCAAAUAAAAUGGAUGAAGCAUCUUUAAAGAAAAUCCUCAAAAUUGUUGAGGAAAUGGAAAAUGUUCAAGGACUGCUGGAUGGAGAUUACAACAUUUUGGAUAAGUACAGUGUCAAAUUAGUUGACGAAGAUGAUGGAGAAACGAAUAAAAGAAAAAUCAUUGGAGAAUAUGAUUUGAAGAUGUUAAAGAAUGUUUUAUUGUUCAGAGAAAAAAUUUCCCGAGAUUGUGAAAAUAAAUACAAUAAAAAUUUACCAGUCCUCUUUAAAAAAUGCUCAAAUGUGGAUGACUCCAAAUUAAGUAAAUCCAGGGAAAAAAUUAAAAAGGCAAUAGCAAAAAAGAAUAUGAGUAUUGAAGAUUUUGUGAUGGGUCUUAUAGAAGAUUUAUUUGACAAAAUUAAUGAACAUUUUAUUAUAGACGAUUCAUUUGAUUUAAAUGAUUAUUUAGCCGAUUUCGAACUCGUUAAUUAUAUAAUUAUGCACGAAACAUCGGAAUUGAUCGAUGAACUUUUGAACAUGAUAGAGUCCCUGAAUUUCAGAUUGGAAUCCGGAUCUUUGGAGAAAAUGGUUAAAUCUGCACAAUCAGGAAUGAACUUAAAUUGCAAAAUGAAGGAAGACAUAAUUCAAUUACUUAAGAAAUCCUCCGCCAAAUUUUUUAAAGUCGAAGUGGACAAAAAGACUAAGAUGAUAUACCCAGUACAAGUUACACAUAAAGGUGGCCACAUGAAACAAUUCGCCCUUAACUUCCUUCAGAAAAAUAAUGUAUGUGAACAUAAAAAGUGCCCUUUAAACUCCAACUGCUAUGUCAUAGAUGGAGAGGAGGUCUGCAGAUGUUUACCCGGAUUUAGCGACGUCAAAAUUGAUAAUGUUAUGAACUGCGUUAGGGAUGAUACCCUUGACUGUAACAACAACAACGGUGGUUGUGAUGUGAACGCAACGUGUACUCUUAUAGACAAAAAAAUUGUGUGUGAAUGUAAGGACAAUUUUCAAGGAGAUGGAAUAUACUGCUCCUACAGCAUUUUUAACUCCAUUAACACUUUCAUUUUCCUGAUCUUGUUGCUUCUGUUCCUGUACCUAUUCUAG